AUGGCUAAGCGGAUUGCCUUGUGCUGCCUCUUUCUGGUUGCUUGCAGCUGGUGCAGUUGGAGGUCCCCAGCCAUGGCUCUGCGGCGCGUCCUGGUGACUGGCGGAAACAAAGGCAUUGGCCGAGCACUCUGUCGGCAGCUGGCAGCAGAUCAUGGUUUCUAUGUCCUGCUGGGUAGCCGGGAUCCAGGACGAGGUGAAGAAGCUGUGAAGAGCAUUUUGGAGAAAAGCCCAGAGUGCCAGGAUCGUCUGGAGUUCCUUCCAUUGGACGUUGCCAGUGACGCCUCCGUGAAGGCCGCAGCGGAGACGGUCCGGGAGAAGUUUGGGACGAUGUACGCCAUCGUGAACAACGCAGGCGUGGGCUUCCAGAACUCCAUGGCGGACACGCUGAACAUCAACACCUACGGCCCCAAGCGCGUUUGCGACCACUUCCUUCCCUUGUUGGAUCCGAAGGAGGGUCGCAUAGUCAACACAGCCUCAGCAUCUGGUCCCAACUACAACGCUGGAGCACCAGCCGCUGAGCGCGAGAUGCUAACCAAUCCAGAUGUCACAUGGGAGGAGCUGAGUGCUACCAUGGAAAAGGUGAGUAAAGAUCCAGGAGGUCGACAGCCCUAUGGUUUUUCCAAAGCCUGCUUGAUCGCUUACACCAUGAUGCUGGCACGGGAAAAACCUGAGCUGAAAAUCAACGCCAUGACCCCUGGAUACAUCUUGACAGACAUCACCAGGGGCAUGGGAGCGACCAAACCACCUGAGGAAGGAACCAAGGCGGCCAUCUAUUGCCUUACCGGCGACCUGAAGGGCAAUGGUUGGUACUACGGCUCAGAUGCCUUGAGAAGCCCAAUCGAUCGCUAUCGUGCUCCUGGUGAUCCACCCUAUGAGGGCCCUUGA